AAAUGAUACGAAAAAGAAAGUUGUUGAUUAUCAGUGUUUUAUUAAUAAUAACUUUUAUCUGUUCUACGAAUUAUUUACUAACGAAAUUAGCAUCUUCACAAAGUGAGGUUAUAACGAUACAUGAGAAGAUAUAUCAAUAUUUGAAAGUUUUACCGAAACAAGUCCCAAAGUCCGUCGAGAAAGAUAUUUUUGAUAAAUUUGUCCAGAAUAUACGAACGCCUGUCGUAGAAAAUGAUAUCACGAAGUUGUGGCAAGUUGCUAACUCCUGGGUAUCAGAAAAUCAGUUGACUGAUUUGGAAAGUCCAUUUAUUGGUAGUGUACUUAAGGCAAUGAAGAACUCGAAAAUCAUUAAGGCUGACUUAGAUACUCGAGGGACGCAGCUGAAGUUGCUACUAACAUUAACAGGUCAACAAAGCGUCGUUUUUAAGCCAAAAUGGUACGACGUAAGUACAGUUAUUGAAGGACCAGUUUAUGCCGGGAAGGAUAGAUAUAAUUCCGAAAUUGUGGCUUUUUAUUUGUCGGUUAUUUUAAAUAUGCCUUUUACACCUUGCAGUGUUGAUCGUGCUGUGUCUUUUACGCAAGACAUAGUACCUGUGGCUACGAAACGUCUAAUCAAUAGUAGUUUUGAAUUUAAUAACAGGACGUGUAUUUACGGCAAAUGUUUUUAUUGUAAGAAACAGGACCCUGUAUGUGAAGACGUAAAUUUUACUGUUUAUGGAGCUGUGAUAUUUAAUGUAGACGUGUCUUUCAAAAGCUACAGAUCGCCGUGGCAGAGGACGUACAAGAAGAACAAAAAAGCCGCGUGGGAAGAAGAUGACGGUUAUUGCAAAUACAUCAAAGAAAGAUUGACGAAGCGUCGAUUGUUAGAUUUGGUUGAUGUUUCCAUAUUUGAUUUUUUAAUGCAAAACGGAGACAGACACCAUUAUGAGACGCUAUACGACAAUGUUAUGUUGUUAGAUAAUGGUAAAGGACUUGGUAACCCAAGUGUAUCUCACCUUGACAUCCUAGCUCCCUUAUAUCAAUGUUGUGUUCUACGUAGUACAACGUUGAAAAAACUGCUCAAUUUAGCAGGUGGAAACUUAAGAAAAAAAUUGGAAUCCAUUCCUAAUAUUACUAAUUUAUUAACAGCUGCUCACAUGACGGCAAUGGAGGAACGAUUGUUGAUUGUUUUUGCUACUAUUGAAUACUGUAAAAAUGUAGAUAGAAAACAAUGAUGUUUGUAUAGAUAUGUGAUAAUAAACAAAGUAAUAAUGACAACCAAAUGCAAUUUUUGGGGAUCCCACUGUCACUGGAAAAGUGCCCUUGCGCUCUCUGGCAUUUUUAUUCCCCAUGAAACUAUUUUAAACCAAACGGUACUUCUUCUGAUCCUCUGCUGACAACCGACCGCUUCCAAUAUGGUACGGUUGACAAUGAUUUCGUGUCGAUUUCCCCCGAUUUCUUUUGAUUUCCUCUGAUUUCCUUUGAUUUCC